CAGCUGGGGAGAAACUGCGAGUUGUGUACAUCAUGAAUGUGUCUACAAGUUUGAGGGUGCGCCUGCCGGCGUUCGUGUUCGUGUUGGAGGUUGUCAUGAUAGCUCUUUAUGCUGUCUUUGUAACUUACGACGACAAUGCCAAUGCUAAAAUGCAGAACAAUGAGACCAACCCAAUGGAUAACUCCCUGUAUCGAGACUAUCCCUACUUUGCUGAUGUGCAGGUGAUGAUCUUCGUCGGUUUCGGCUGCCUGCUGGCCUUCUUCCGAUUCUACGGCUUCAGUGGGAUGGUCUUUAACUUUCUCACAGCUACAUUCGCGAUCCAGUGGGCCAUCCUGAUGCAAGGUUUCUUCCAGUUUUACUACGAUGGUAAAAUCCACCUGGGGGUGAUCAACCUGCUGAAUGCAGAGUUCGCCUGUGCCGUGGUGCUCAUCUCUUUCGGAGCCGUGCUUGGGAAGACAGGUCCUGUUCAGCUCCUGGUUAUGGCUCUGCUGGAGGUCCCUAUCUUUGCUGUGACAGAGUGGGCUGUGUUGAAAUACAUUAGGAUCAACGAUGCUGGUGGCAGUAUUCUUAUUCAUCUGUUUGCCGCCUACUUUGGCCUAGGGGCGACAUUUGUGCUGUACCGACCAAGCCUGAACAAGGGACAUGCUAAAGAGAUCACUAGCUAUCAUUCUGACAUCCUCUCUGUAAUGGGCACCCUGUUCCUCUGGGUGUUCUGGCCUUCAUUCAACUCUGCUCUGACCUUAAAGGGUGACGACCAACACAGAGCAAUACUCCACACUUUUAUAGGCCUAAGCUCAUCCACCAUCACUGCCUUUGCACUCUCUGCAAUUUUCAAUAAGAGAGGCAAGCUGACGAUGGCUGAUAUUCAGAAUGUGACUCUGGCAGGUGGUGUGACUGUUGGGGCUUCUGUAGACAUGAUGAUUUCCCCUGUAGGUGCAUACGUUCUGGGCAUAAUGGGCUGUACGGCCUGUUUCUUUGGCUAUAGGUACCUGACCCCAUUUAUGGCCCAGCGCCUGAGGAUCCAAGACCAGUGUGGUAUUCACAACCUCCACGGGCUCACCGGCCUUAUAUCAUCAACAGCAGGGAUCUGCGCCAUCCUCCUAGCCACUGAGGAAACCUACGGGCCCAGCAUGUACCAGAUCUUUUCCCAUCGUGCUCCACCUGAGGGAGAUCCAAAGCUCCUAGAACUGCAGCAGCUGAUUCCUGGGCUGAAGCCAGGCUUGGGUCGCACUGCAAAGGAACAAGCGCUCUACCAGGUGGCAGCUAUCUUCGCCACCAUUGCAGUAUCAGCAGUCGGCGGGCUGCUCACUGGUUUUGUCAUGAAUCUGUCCUUCAUGGAAUCCCCAUCUGAUGAGGGCUGCUUCGAUGAUGAGGUAUUCUUUGACAUGCCCUCUGACUUUGACAGUGCUGAAAAGCUCAAGACCACCAUGAGCUCUGAUGAAAAACUAGAAAUGAGCCCUACAAACUUAAAAGUCUAAGCUGUCACAGAGAGACAUAUGAGUCAGACCAGAUUUACACCAGAUAUGAGAUUGGGUAUUAUGGGUAUUGUGCUUUGUGUUCAUGAAAUAAAAUGUGUUGGGGAUUUGAGCUGAAGAGUUUUUCAGCAAAACAUGUUUUGUGUCCCAAACAUGUUGUAUGUAAAAUCAGUGAACAAGUAAAUGUGUAAAUUAUGAGUUUGAUUGAUAAUAGGAAAGAUGUGUGAGGCACUUAUGUUGUGUUUUAUACAUUUGAAAUAAAUUAUUUUGAAAUUA